CCUUCAUAAUUCCUGCUAUUAGACCGUAUACAUUUUAAGCUGACCACGACAUCUGAAUCGUCGGGUGAAGUAAAUUAUUUCUCAGCUAGCCACACGUGCUGUACUUCUUCUUCUCCUUCUUCUUCUUCGUUUUAAAUUGGGUUCGGGAAAACCCAGCAGUAUUCUGAGCAAAAAUUAUCUGUUCUGAGGAAACCUUCAACGAAAUCCGGGAAAUCUAUCUAUUGAACUCCAUUUUCUUUCUCCUCCAUCACUACCAUAGAGGCUGUUUGUUUGAUCAAGCUUCCACUGUUCCACUGUGAUUGAAGUCUGUGACAUUGAUUUUUGUCAUCCCGAGCAAUUCUUAUUUAAUAUUACACAUUUUCAAGCAGACUCUAAACAGGUCUGGGAGAAGAACAUGGAUGGUACUGGCAUCUUUGAAGGACAAGUGUAUUGCACUGGCUGUACCCUCAUUCUCCCUGACUUGACAUUUUUGACAGACAUCCUGCUGAAUGUCUCAGCAGGUGUAACAGCUGGCCAGGAGAAACAGAGGCUACUGAGAGAACAUUAUCCUGCCGGUAAAGACAAUCCUCACGACUUCAAGAUCAUUAUUCAUAACACAGUCACAAGGCAGGAGAUUGUCAUGAUAGACUCGAGAGAGUUAGAGGAGUACUGUGCUGAUUUAGCAGACGAUAUAGAGCUCCAUAUUAGAACAAACAGUCAAACCGAGAUCAAACCGGCUCAAGGAAGCAACCCACAGUGUCUUGGUGGAUUCAACCUGAAGCAGCAACAACAGCAGCAACAACAGCAGCAGGAGCAACAGCAACCGCAGCAACAGUAGUAGCAACAGUUAUAAUUGUUGAGCUCUGUGCCACUUUUGUUAUCUUAAUACUGUUAUACUUAUAUGUCUGUCUGGGCGAUCUUGUCUGUGGCAUUCUCAUAACAUCUAGAUCUUUAUACUCUCUAUCUCCGUCUCAUUCUUUUUAUGGUUGUUUUGAUAUUAUAUCUUCAGUGCCAUCUCUUUCCAACACUUCAUUUUAGUUUAAGACAAAGUCAUUCACAAAUAUUCAUGAAAUUCUACGAAGAACAUUUUUUUCUUUGCAUUAUAUUUAUCUUUCAUUGAAUUGCUUUGUUUGAUUUCCAUAUUAUAUCCCUGAAUCAUAUCAUAAUUAAAAUAAUAAUUAGCAUUUGUAUAGUAAUAUCCCCGCUCGACAGCAAGUUCUAUGCACUUUACACUAUAUUAUUACCCCAGCAGACCAUAGAACGCUCAGAAAUAUUCUCAGUUUACCGGGAAGCAUACAGUGAAAGCAGCGGAUAAAGUGCUCAAACACUAACAAACUGACAAGAUCUUUCUCUGUCUAUAGCUGGGUACCUGUUCCCCCCUGGGUGCCCUGACAGGAUUUGAACCCUAACCACUAGGCCACCAACCCAGAUGUACGAUAUCUAAGACCUAUUGGGUACUCUUUUUGUGUGUGAUUAUACUGUAUGUGUGUGCCUGGUGUGUUUAGAAGAGAUUGGGGAGAAGACUGCGGGUGGUUCCACUGUGUGUGUGCAAGAGAGAAAGAACUAAAGAGAAGAGAAGAGGAGAGAGAGAGAGAGGGAGAGCAAGAGAGAGAGAGAGAGAGAGUGACGGAGAGUGAGUUCAUGCUCACAGUCAUUGUAUGGGUACUAUUGUGUGAGUGGGUGGUUGGAGUACACCACUGGGAUGUCCUACUUCUUGAUUUUCCCUCUGUUAUUUCUGUCUGUCUGUCUCACUUUCCCCAGCACUAAAAAUAUGACCAUUAUUGUGUCGAUGUGCUUUUUUUAUUCAAACUAACAAACAGACAAAUUGAUUCAGUGAGCUGUGCGUUAUUGUUGCAUGUUACUGGACAGCUGUUCAAAUGUAUUAAGCCCAAAA